AUGUUGGUUGGAGGGGUACUUUUGCUGAUUGCCGCUCUGUUGUGUUUAUUAGUUUUAGUUCUAUUGAACAUCAUGGCUCGUAAGUUUUUGAGAGAUGCAGUAAGUGGUACUGAUUUACACGACAUUUUCACACCCUUCAACAUCGGAAUCCUUUUGCUGUUUAUUGGCUCCCUUGUAUACCUGAUAAUAUCGAGGCGACAUCUACCGCCAGGUCCUUUCUCAAUACCGAUCAUAGGGAACCUCCAUAUUGUCGGCAAUGGAAAUUUUCUCUACCGAAAACUAUUCCUACUCCGUAAACAGUACGGAAAUGUUUUCCGUUUGACGCUCGGAACCUCUAACGCUGUUGUUGUUCUGGGACACGAUUUGGUUCGAGAAGCACUGGUACAGAAGGGGGACAAGUUUCAAUACCGACCUAAUUGGCUGCUUGGGAUAAGGAGAUGUUCUAGUCACAGAGUGGUGAAACAUUUCUUCAACUCAAAAAGUUUAUUCGACCCAAGAGACUUAAGGACGGGGCUCAAAAAGGGGAAGUAA